AGUGUUUCUUGCCUGCUUGCAUCCAUGGCGACCUGCUUAGCAACAAGGAGUCAGUUGGGCUGAAGCCCUGAGCUCUGUCAGAAAGGGACAGAAGCUGAGGUGAGGAGUCUGCUUCAGGCUCCUGAAGAGGGUGGUUUUUUUCUCCGAAGGCCACACAAUCCUCCUGCUGCCUGCAAUGCCUUUACCCAAGUACUGCAGCGUGGCCACAACCCUGCAGGCCCCUAGCUGGGGCUGCGUCACUGGAUCUGGCGACCUCUCCCUCGCCUGCCCCUUUGCCCACGGAGAACCCAGGCUUCCCAGUGCAGAUGAUCUCACCAGGUAUGCUUCACAUCAUCCCUGUCUCUGCAUUGCUGACCCAGCAUGGCAGGGCCCUGGCUGGCUGGGAGGAGUUAGAGAUGCUGCUAACACCUGGGUCCUGGCAAGGAGGGAACCAGAUGGCCUUUAUUACCAGGCUCAGAUAAAGGCUGCUCCAGAGCUGGAGAGGCAGGGGAUCCUGCUUGUGGAAUUUGUCACUGGCCCAAAGCUGCCAGCCCAGAGGCAGAGUGUAGUCUCAGACAAAGAUGUUGUUCAACUCUCACCAUAUUUGGAAUAUUCACUGCAACCUGGUGACAAGGUGUUGGCAGCGUGGGAGCCAGACCGACAGCGGUACGGUCCUGGCACUGUUCUCUUGGGCUCAGAGGUGCGAGACAAUCAGCGAGCAGGGAAGGAAGAGGAAGUUACUGUUCACCUCUGGAAUGGCGAGACAGCUCAGGUGCCUCUAGGCGGGGUCAGGUGGGUGCCCCCCACUAUCUGGAAGAAGGCUGUGGAGAGGCUCAGCAAGCCUUAUACCAGGGAGUACCCCAGUGCCCCCCUCUGGGCCCCUUGCUGCUCUUCACUGGGGACACUACCUGGAGGCAUCACCAACAGGCUUCCUCCAGAUGCUGCACUCCUGUGCCCUCCCUGCCACUCCCACACCUGCUGCCAGCUGCCCUGCUGGGUCUACCUCUGCUGCUGUCCCUCGAUGAGCUCCACCUGGUGGCCUCUCACUGGGACCUCACACAGCGCAGCCAGAGAUCUCCCAGAGACAGGACUGAAGCCAGCAGCACAGCCUGUGCCCCUAGAAGACCCUAAAGCGGAAGCAGUGGCAGUGCACGCUCCCCACAUUGUAUCUUCCUUCUCCUCCUCUUCCUCCUCCUCUUGCGAAGAUUUGGAGGAUAAUCUGGAAAUGGGCCUUCCCCAGAGACUGGUGGUGAACAGCGCAGUCAACACUGACCCCAUCCUCCCCAAGAGGCCUCUGAUUCGGAACAGCCCCCGACAACCCCCGUGGAGGUACUGGAGGAGGAACGGGCUGGAGCCGCAUCCUGCGAAGCCAGGAAUAUGUCACAACAUCCCGAAAGAUGAUGACAAACAAGAGAAAGUACAAGCUGCAGUAGCGGGGACUACAAAGGAGCUGGCCCUGAAAGCAACCAACAUGAAGUCACUGCAGACCUUGCAAGGGGGACACAGAAAACUUUUUCCAGGCAUCACAGUGCAUCAGUGGCGUAAGAGUUCACUCAACACCAAGAGCCCCCAGGAUCUAGGUAAGGCUGAGAAGGGGCUUCUUAGGGACUCUUACAUGGUUCUUAGACCUUCUGGGGGUCACAUGCCCUUUGCAAAUGCUAAGGCCCAUGGUCUAAUUUUCCCGAAACUUGCGCAUGCCCACAGCUUCACAUUUAGUAAGAUUCAGAAAAUCCAUGAAGUUCAUCGGAGGCUUGGAGGGUGCAAGGAUCCCCGUCUGAAUGACUAUUAGCCCUCCACGGCUGGAUGCAGUUGUUUUCCUAGGCCCUCUAUCCAUGGGAGUCUGGUCUUGUAGAAAUUCUAACAUAGCUCUCUUUUUGUUUUCACCACAUAAAAUACCGGCACUUUCCCUAAGGCUCGCUUUGUUCGAAAUGGGAUGAUUUACCAGGCAACUAAAUUGGGAGAUGCAACAAUACUACUGGUGUACAAGCAAGUUUGAGGCAUGUCUGUGACUUCUCAAAAAUAAGUGAUUCUGAUUCUUGAAAUUAAGUCAGUAUAAGACUCAGGAUUUUUUGUUCCUCACAGGAAAUGAAAAGGCAGUGAUGGUAAAUAUCUGAAGAGAGUUCUACAGAGCAGGCUGAAUGGCCUUCAAUGGACAGAGGUAGCACACACACAGAGGCAAUCAAGUGGGCACCUGCAUCUUCACCCCUGUAAGACCUCCCUGGAGGUGAGCAGCAGGAAGGCAGCUGCAGGAGCUGGUGGCCUUCUCCCAGCAUUCCUUGCCAAGGGCCUGGUGAGACCGCCUGUGGACUGCUUUCUCACAGAGACCAGUGUGGCUGGCCAGCUUUGGGCAUGUGUCCACAGCCUCUGCCAUCUUUCCAUAAAGCCUACAAUUGAACAUGGAAUACUGCAUUUUUAAAUACCAAUAAAAAUGAAUUAUCUUUGCUUCCAAA